CAUCAACCUCCAACCUCACCUCUCACAACCCUCCACCACCCAAAAUGCGCUUCACCUUCGAAACCAGCGCCCUUCUCGCGCUCCUCCCCCUCGCCCUCGCCGACUCUUUAACCCUCUAUCUCCCCCCCAAUCCCAACCCCUUCAGCAUCCCCGCCAACACGCACGCCACGCUCUCCUCCGCAGGCGUCCACUUCUCCGCGCCGCUGUCCUCCGCCAACACUUUUGUCUUUCACAACGUCACGCCUGGCUCGUACCUAGCCGAUGUUCACUGUCCAACUGACGCGUUUCAUCCGCUGAGGAUUGAUGUGCAGCUUGCGGAGGAUGGGGAGGAGGGAAUUGUGAGGGCGUGGGAGACGUAUCGGGGUAAUGAUUGGGGAAAUAAGGGGGAGGUUGUACAGGUUAAAGAGGGAAGCAAGGGACGGGGUUUUGAGCUGCGGGCUAUUGGGGGAAAGAAUUACUUUAUGGAGAGGCCGCAGUUCUCGGUCUUUGCUAUCCUCAAGAACCCCAUGAUCCUUAUGGCUCUCGUCAGUCUGGUUCUCAUGGUCGGCAUGCCCAAGCUCAUGGACAGCAUGGACCCCGAAAUGCGCGCCGAGUUCGAAGCCCAGCGAAAGAACAGCCCACUGAACGCCGCCAUGAGUGGGCAGUCAUCCGGUGAUAACCCUCUUACCAACUUCGACAUGGCUGCGUACCUGGCCGGCUCCAAGCCUAAGGAGAGCAGCAGCCCAGCCAACAAUGGCGGUAACGGUGGCAACACCAAGAACCAGGGCGUAAGACGGUAAAUCUUGCGCAGUUAUUGGGUAUAUCAUGACUAUAAUAGCUGGAUGGAUACACGGCCCUGUGGGCACUGUCGGGGCGAUAGAGAAGUAGAUUAUGAGAUAUGGCAUU